AUGGACCCCGCGGUGCCCAGGGCCACCCUGAAGGUGCUGGCGCUGUGCGCGGCGCUGCUGCUGCUGGUGGCGGCGGUGACAGUGGCGGUGGCGGUGUCGCUGUGGCGCUCCGAGGCGCUGGGGAAGCUCCGGGGGUGCCGGGAGCGAGCGGCCAACGAGAGCCGGGAGCUCGGGGAGCGCCUGGAGGAGCUGGAGAGGCAGCGGGAGAGGCUGGAGAGGGACGGGGACGCGCUGCGCAGGGAGCUGGAGCGGGCACGAGGUGACAGCAGGAGGGACAAUGACAGCCUGGUGUCCUGCCGGGAGCGGGCGGAUGAUGCCCGGGGGUGUUUUUGGGAUGUUCUGACCCUUCCUCCUCCUCCUCCUCUUCCUCCCGCCCAGCUGCAGCAGCUCGUGUACCAGCAGGUGAGGUUGGCCGAGUGCCAGAUGACCGCCACCCUCAUCAACACCUCCUGCAGCGCCGAGAAGCUGCAGCUGCAGCGGCAGCUGGAACAGGCGGGCUCAUCCCAAAAAAACCUGGAGGAAAGCGGCCGGCAGAGCCAGGCAGGGCUGGCCAAAGCCACCCAGGAGAGGGACAGGUGCCAGCAGGAGCUGCAGAGCUCCAGGGCCGAGGGGGAUCUCAGCAGGAUGGAGCUGCAGCUGCAGAGACACGAGUGCCGAGCCCUCCAGAGCGACAUGAACAACAAAUUCCCCCGCAUCUCGGAGCUGGUGAAGCAGCUGCAGUGUGGAGAGGUGGAGAGCGAGCUGAAACAGCUCCGGGAGAGAGCCCUGGCCCUCCUGAGGGAGCACCAGGAGAGGGAUUCCCAGUACAUCUGGAAAAGCCGCUGCGAGCUGAACGUGCAGCAGUGCCGGCUCAACUGCUCCCGGGAAAAGCAGGAGCUGGAGAACAGGAUCCAGGCGCUGGAAAAGAGGGAGAAGGACGGGCUGGAGGAGAGGAAGAGGCUGGAGCAGGAGAAGGAGAAGGUGGGGAAGGAGCUGGAGGAGAAGAGGAAGGAGGCGGCGGCGCAGGCGGAGUCGCUGAGGGAGAAGCUCGGGGUCUGCAUGGGAACCAAGAUGCCCCACUUGGAUCUGCCGGGCUCGCGGGGUCCGGGCAGCGCCGCCCGCUCCGGCUCCUUCUCCGGCCCCGGCUCCUACAUGGAAUUCCUGCGGAACCCGGCCACGCUGGGCACCAUGGGGAAGAAGAACCUGGAGGAGCUCCAGCAGAUGCUGCAGGUGAUGGAGCAGCUCAUGGCCACCCUCAAGAGCCCCAGCGGAUAAAAUCCAGGAAAAACCCCGGGAAAAGCAGGAGCCGCCCAGGAAGUGCUUCCCGCAGCACGGAUGGCAGAGCCCGCCCCAGGGCCACCCUCCCGCUGUCCCCGUGUCCCCAAAGCCACCCCGCGUGUCCCCUCGGGUGUAUCCCCGCCCUUCGGCUGGAGCGGGACAACAGCCGGGCCCGAAUUCCGGGACAAAUCGCCAGAAUGUGUGCGUGGAAAUCCAU